UUGAGAGGCAACUGAGGGUUGUUCUCCUUUAAGCCAGUGUGUCUUCACAGGAACAUCACCAUUCAACAGUUUUAUGACCUUACGCCUACCAAGAAAAGUAACGUCCGCCUCAACGACCAGCUUAUACCAAAACCAACGGACAUCAACAUCGCAGAGAUAAUGAUAACGGUUCCGAUUCCAAAAGAACAUCCGUAUCAGGCCCACAUCUCCCGCUUUGCCCUGUUCCCAACGUUCCGCUCACCAGAUGACCCCGACACAGGCGUGAGAGCUGCGUCCCUACGACCUCUGAACCCUCUCGUCCCGGCCUCUGCUCCAGAGGUCACCGUGCUGAGAAAGACAAAAGGAGGUCCUUAUCGUCAUGAGGUACUGGAGGCACCCAUGACAACCAGGAAGAAAACCAUAUCAUGGCCAGGACAACAUGGCUUCCUGGAUCACCCAGUUAAGGGCGAGGCCCAGACCCAGGUAUUCUACCCUAAGUCCCAGAAGACAGUGUUUCCCAACCCCACCUUGCGUGACUGGGACGUCACGCUGUCUGAACGAACAGCCAACAUGCUCCGCAACGUAGAGAAGUCCCACUGGGUCACCUCCUACCAGCUUCACUACACAGGCACUGGUCCUACUAAUCCAUUGAGGUUGGAUGACUUCCAUGAGAACACCAUUGACAUGAUCACUGGGAAGAUAACUCCCUACACAACACAGCUGAGGGAGCGAUCCCACCCCGUCCUGCUGCCCCCUAAACCACGAGACGGGCGCAAGGCCAGAAUACGCCAGGGCCGUCAUACGGUGGAGAGCACCUACCACCCUCCUGUCACUGCCCCAGCAGCAGAGUCCCACAGCGUAGACCAGACUUCCACACAGAAUCACCCUGCUGGGCCUCUGGGAACUAUGUGUGGUCACCAAAGUCAUCAGGAGAUAAAGGGGAACGCUUCUACUCAGGACGGCCAUCCCAACAACAGCCACAGCCACUCAGAGCUCAGUCUAUUCAGGCCUGGGGCUGGAGAUGUGUCUGGGCCUGGGCCUGCUCAGGUGUCUGGGUAUGUGUUCCCUGGUCACCACCUUCAAGAUCAAGGCUCCAGGUGUGAGAGGUGUGGGGAGGAGAGGUGUGAGUGCCAGGUCAAGGAGGCCAGAGAAGGGCUCCAUCACCCAGGGCCAGGGGCAAUAGACCCCCAGCAGAGCAACCAGGCUCCCAGAGCCUCCCUGGAGAAGGGGGUGGUGGAGAAGGUCACAGACACAGAGAGCUCUCUGGCCUUGUACAGCCGCCAGCUGCCCCAUCCUCCCCUGAAUGAGACCACAGAGGUCACCAACGAGAAUAACACCCAGAGAGAGGUCUGGUACGAGGACGUUCCUAGCAGCAAGAAGCAGAGCUACACAGCAUCAGGGGGUAACCCGUUCAGCCUGAGCCAGCCAGCUCCAGCAUUGGCUACUAACAACACAGGGGCGGCAUAUGAAUCUGAGACAGAGCUGUCUGCUGCUGAUCUGGUCUCUCCCAACAUCCGUAACUGGCGCUCAAGCAGGAAUUUAGUUCUGGGUUCUGAGAUGACUGCCAAUCAGACCCUUGAAGAACAAGAUCGGGAGUGGCAGAACAGAGAGAUCCCCAUCCCACGCAGUAUCUCCAACCCCUGUAUCCAACCCCGUCCACAUGCCCUGCCUUCCACCCACCCAGGGGAGAGGGGCCGGUGCCAGUUGGCCCUGUUGGAGCUCCAGGACUCCUUCAGUAAGUCGGAGGUCCACCGCCUCUUCCACAGCUCCCUCCAGGGGGGAGCCGUCAACCUGCAGGACAAUGUACACACCGGGAGAAAGCACCGCUUCUACGGCUUCAACUCCUUCUAUUACCACAACUGACCACUGUAUUGUAGACCUACCACUAUGCCCACAGUCUGUAGGGAGUGGAAGACAUCAGAGGGCUUAGUGAGUUGAAUGGGUCUAAGGUCUACAACGUUAUCUCUUCAUGAUGGGAAAUCCAACCAUAUACUGUCGCUUACUCAAAGCUACUGACAUGUCUGUCUUAUGAUGUCUGUCUUAUGAUGUCUGUCUUAUGAUGUCUGUCUUAUGAUGUCUGUCUUUCCAUGUGCAGGUGGUUCUAAUAAAAUCCUCCA